ACGCGAUUCUCCCCGCGAGUAUAUAAACAUUCCCUCGGCGGAGGCGUGAAAACUCCCCGAGCGUUCCGAGAUACCGCUAGCACGACGCCACAUCCUCCGGCGACCGGCUACCGGCGACGUGCGAACGGCGACUAGCAGGUGGCCACCGACCUUGCAGCCUAGGGUUUUAUCGUCUUCGCGCUCGCAUCCCCGCCGAUAACCUCGCGUUUCUUCGCCAAAUGGAGACGUCUCUAAGGUACUGGGGCGAUGCCAAGUCUCUCAAAAUCCACGCCAAAGAGAAGGUUCCCAUCGAUUCCAAGACCUUCUUGCAGCUUCAUGGAGAGCUCGACACGAGAUUGGGGGCUCCGGGUUAUUUUAGCGCGAUGAUACGCCACUUCUAUCCGGAUCUAUCCGCUAGCCUCGGCGUAGGAGUGCAGUUUGAUAAAAAUGGGAAGCUCCGCUAUAAUGUACGUGCAAAGAAAGCGUUUCCUGUGACUACUGAUAGACUAUUGAGCUUUAAUGUGAAAGGACGGUGUGAUGUUGACAAAGAGUUUAAGCAGUGGAAGUCCAGGGGAGGUGCUGAAUUUUCUUGGAGCAUUUUCAAUUUUCAGAAGGACCAAGACGUUAGACUCAAACUAGGCAUUGAAAUGUUCGACCAGGUGCCAUAUCUGCAGGUUAAGGAAAACAACUGGACCUUCAAUGCAGAUACCAAUGGUAGGUGGAAUGUGAGGUACGACCUAUGAUUAUGAAGGAGCGGAACUGGAUCUAUUCUUUUUUAAGAUAUGUUACUCCGGAUGUCACAUCCUUUGGUUUUCUGUAUUGUUGGAUACCCAGUGAGCUACAUUAGUCAACGAGUAGAUGAUCAGCUCUUUAAUAAAUGCGGUUUAUUUACUUCA